UGGCGAACGACGUGCUACCACCACCCUCACUAUUGCUGUUCAACAAGUUGUUGUCAGCGACGACCCCAUUGAUCAUUGUAUUGGUUGGCCUUCAACCGUGGGUACGGCUAGCUAGUAAUUCUCAGAAAGACAAAAGAGAAAAGGGUAUCCUCAGCUUGUACUAUCCAAAAAUCAUCAAAACCGACUGAGAUGAAUCUUCGAGUGGCUCUGUUACUACUAUUGGCCUCGGCUCGAGAGUCAGUGGGCUUUCAAGCUGCGACUGGUAUUGGUCGGGUUACCACGGGUACUGAUUCCGUGAGUCAUGCCGUUUUCAGACCUGUGAUUGCUACCCAUCAUUAUCCGAGACGUCAUUAUCCACUCUUCCUGUCGGCCAAUGAGGGAGACGACAACACUACUAAGAAGAAGGACGCCUUGGACGUGGAGGUAGUGUUGGAGAGUACGAGUGAAGAUCAACUGUCUGCCUCGAUAGCGGCACUGCAAGAGGAAAAGGAGGACCAAGGAUCCAAAUUGGUGACACUGAGUCAACAAAUGGACGAAUUGAGCAACCAAAUCGAUGCCAAAGAAGCCGAGAUCAAAAAGGCCCAAUCGAACUGGGACACGGAAAAGGAUUCCCUCAUGACCAAAUUGGCCGACUUUACGGCCCAACUCCAAUCGGGUCAAGACGAAUUCGAAGCCAAACAGACCGCUCGAUUGGAACGAGAACAGGAAUAUCAACAAGAACAAGAUCGAUUGGAACGAGAAGUCACACUGCUGCAACAACAAAUGGUACAAACCCAAAAUGCCUUUCGUACCGAACAACGAAAAGCCGAAGCACUACAGGCCAAAUUCACCGAAUUGGAAGAUGCACUCGAAUUUGAACAAAUGAAAUUUGCCAAGGAAAAACAAGAAUUGCAAGAACAAGUCCAGGAGCAACAAACGCAAUUGGCCGAAAUACAACAAAAGUUUGCCACGGCACAACAACGAUUUGCCAAGGAAAAGGAAUCGUUGCAACGACAAAUUGAACAAGAACAACGUCGAUUGGUCGACACACAAUCCAAAUGGGAACAAACCAAACUCGAAUUUCAACAGGGACGUGGCAUUUUGCAGACCAAACUGGAAACGCAAAAGACCACGCUGUCGCAAGUCCAAGAACAAUUGCAAUCCGAACAAACUGAUUACGAUUUGCAAAAACAAGUCAUUCAAGACAAUUUGCGAGUCGAACGGGACAAAGUCCAACAAGUCGAGGCGACGUUGAAAAAGGAACAGAAACGAUUCGAUACGUUGCAACAAGAUUUGCAAAAGAACAUUCGAAAACAACAACGACAAGUCGAGCGAUUGACCAAUCGAUUACAGGCAGAACAAGAUCGAUUCAAUGCCGAAAAGGAUCAACUCGAUGCCAGACUGCAAGAAGAAUCGGAAAAGUUGGCACAAGUCGAACAAGAGUUGGAACGGGAACGAUUGGAGUUUCAACAAGAAGAAGAACGAUUAUCCGACGAAUUGGCCGAAGGGGACCGCAUUCGCAAGUUCAAAAAGAAAACCAUGCGACGACGGUAUCAGUCCAUUCGGGCCGAACUGACCAAGCGAUGGGAGAAUAUUCAACGGGACAAUCAAAAAGUACAAGACCGAUUGACCACCAAGUACGAAAACAAACUGUCGCAAAUGCAACAAUCUGUCAAGGAAUUGGAAGCCGAUUUGGAUCAGACCGAAACAUCACGGACGGAAUUGCAAGGAUUGUUGGAAGAUGCCAAGCAGCAAAAGAGAACGGCCGAAUUGGAACAGAAUUCGUUGGAAACACGGUACAUUAAACUAUUGGCCAUGCGCAAUGGAGAAAUUGCCACACUCAAAGGGGGUGUGGAAGAUCUGAGAAGCAGCAUCCAAGCCAAGGAAGAAGUAUUGCAACGGUAUCAGACCAGUUAUCGACAAUUGGCUCGGCUGUCGGUCAGGAUUACCCGAGAGCGGCUGGGAAAGGCAUUCAAGCGAAAAGACAACAACCAGUCAUGAUACUAAAUGGAGGGAGUAGUUCUGAUGAGUUGUAUUUGUGAUGAGUGGUAUUUGUUAAUAAGCGUUUCAGUGAUUAUCAUGUCUGUUCUCGAAUGGUCGGUCUGUCGACACCUUUUUUAGAAUUCUCCAAAGCUUGUAGAAGUAUUAGUAGCCCGUAAAAGGCUCUUCUUACUGAUUACAACAUCUAGUUAGUAACUUAUUAACAGUACAUAACACGGGAGGCAACAUG